AUGACGACAUCAAGGCGCUUUGCGGACAGGAAGGUGGAGAAGUUUGAGAAGAAUAUUACCAAAAGAGGAUUUGUGCCAGACACAACCUCUAAAAAGGGAAAAGACUACCCUGUUGGCCCACUGCUGCUGGGUUUCUUCGUCUUUGUUGUCAUUGGAUCAUCUCUCUUUCAGAUUAUCAGGACAGCAACAAGUGGAGGCAUGGCUUAA